AUGAAAUACACAAUUGCUUUGGUAUUGGUUGCAUUCCUGGCGGCCGUCCUGGCGGCACCGCUCGAUGACAGCAAAACGGCACAGAUCCUGCGCCUCGAGUCCGAUGUCCAGCCCAACGGCUACAAGUUCGGUUGGGAGACGAGCGAUGGACAGAAGCACGACGAGGAGGGCAGCCUGACCAAUCCGGGUGCUGAGAACGAAUCGAUCGCUGUGCGCGGCUCCUACUCCUUCACGGCCGAUGAUGGCCAGGUGUAUACCGUGAACUAUGUGGCCGAUGAGAACGGCUUCCAGCCGGAGGGCGCCCAUCUGCCCAAUGUGCCCAUUGGCAACUAAGCUGUAUUUUGGAAACCAAGAGCUGUUCUUUCUAUUAAGCAUUUGAAUUU